UGCUUAGGUCCCACAUGAAUUUAAGUCGAUUCCCCCAAUUGAACUUAAAUUUGACGCUGGAGUGACCAGCAAAUGUCAUAUGUUAUUGCCUUUAGAAUAGGCACUUUAAACGUAUCAUUCUAUUAACAUUAGAACAGAUCAAUUAAGAUAUGGCUUUGAGAGGGGAGCAGAGAGAAUUCCUUGUUAUUUUGUGCGUCUUGGCUGCAGCCCUCGUGCAAACUUACCAGAUCCAAGAGGCCACUGUGUACUGGGAUGCUGCCCAGAAGAGUGUGAUUCUGAAUGAGGGGGUGUUGGAGAAAGAAGGGGGUGCCUAUGGCUAUUACAAUGACACUCUCCUCUUGACGGGCUGGGGGGUGCUGGAGAUUCGGGCAGGGUACGGGGAGACCCCCGAGAGUGAUGAGACCACCUCCUUCUUGGCUGGGUAUCUGGAAGGGUUCCUCACCGCAGAGCAAAUGUUUAGCCACUAUGCCAACAUAUAUCCCCAGAUGAUUAAAGAUGAGAAGAUUCUGGACCCCUUGAAAGAUUUCAUGAUUAAACAGGACUACUGGACCAGAGAGCAGGUGAAGUUGAGGAGAAACAGUGACCCCUUGUGGUUACAUGCAGGACUGAUCCUGUCUCAACUGGAUGGGCUACAGGCUGGAGCUGCAUACUGGGCCAAGAGCAGGCAGAGAGAGCCUCUGUCUAUGUUUGCGCUGCAGUUUCUGAAUGAAGUUGGAGACCUGCUGGACCUGAUUCCAGCACUGACUCCACGCUUCAACUCCUCCCGAGGCCCUGUGCCAGGAAUGGGCCACUGCUCAGCUCUCAUAAAGGUUCUGCCAGGCUUUGAGAACCUGCUGUUAGCCCACUCCAGCUGGUUCAACUACGCUUCCACCAUGCGUAUCUACAAACACUGGGACUUCAGGCUGGCCGACACACACACCGCCACGGGCAAGAUAUCCUUCAGCAGCUACCCUGGCUUCCUGACAUCAUUGGAUGACUUCUACCUGCUGGGCAGUGGGCUGCUGAUGACUCAGACCACCAACAGUGUCUUCAACACCUCUCUGUUCACCCUGGUCACCCCCCACAGCCUGCUGGCCUGGCAGAGGGUGCGGCUGGCACACGCCCUGGCACGCACUGGGGAGCAGUGGGCUCACAUCUUCUCUAAGUACAACUCCGGAACCUAUAACAGCCAGUACAUGGUGCUGGAUCUGAGCAGGGUGUCGUUGGGGAGGAGUAUAAGGGAUGGGGCUCUGACUGUGGUAGAGCAGAUACCAGGACUGGUGGUACACUCUGACCAGACACAGGCCCUGCGACAGGGCUACUGGGCGUCCUACAACGUGCCCUUCCAUGCAGACAUCUACAACCUGAGUGGCUACGGGGUCAUGUGGAGGAAGCAUGGAGAGGACUUCUCCUAUGACCUCUGUCCCAGAGCCAAGAUCUUCCGCAGGGAUCAGUCCAAGGUUACAGACCUCGCCUCCCUCAAACACAUCAUGAGAUACAACAACUACAGGAAAGACCCUUACUCCAAGGGCCAUCCCUGUAAAACCAUCUGCUGUCGCAACGACCUGAGGCUGAAGAAACCACGUCCAGGAGGCUGCUAUGACACCAAGGUGACAGACUUCCACCUGGCCCGUCAGUUAGCAGGCGAGGCGGUGAAUGGUCCCACCACUCAGGGGGGCCUGCUUCCUUUCUCCUGGAGCCACUUCAACAGCACAGCCCACAAGGGUCUGCCGCAGUCAUAUAACUUCAGCUUCAUCUCCAUGAAGCCAACUCUGUCACUAUACCAGCCCUGAGUGGGGUCUGGGUUGUGUUCAUAAGGGCAUGCAACUUGAUGAAAAUAAGGGUUUCUUUUUGGACAAGUCCAGAUAGUCCCUCUCUAUUUAAUUCAGUUAUCUUCCAUUUGGUGCUUAAUGAAAAUGACCCAUGGGUCUGAAAGCACAGCGGGGCUAGAGAGUAAAGGAAGAAGUGGCCCCCUAGACACUUACCCAAGGCCUUUUUUUGUUGUUAACGAAAUGGUUAGUUGCACUGAUUAUACUGUAUCUUUGUUAUGUGAUUGUUAGUUUUGUAUAAUGUGUGUUCAUUUUGUGUGGUGUAUCUACAGUUAAUGACUGAGCAGGCAGAGGUCAUUACAUGGUUCUAUGUUUACAGUGCAAUCCAGUACAUUGUGUCAGUCGGGGCUGGGGAACAUGUAGCCUACGGGCCAAUAUUGACAUUUACACACAAUGAUACCAGCUCAGACUUCUCAUUUUGUGCCAGUUUGGUUCCCUGGUCUUGACUUGAACCAAAAGUGAUGACCGGAUGCCAAUAAUCAGGGAAUUAGUUGUCUGUACAACAUUCUCAGGUUUGUGUGUUUUUUCUGAAGCCACCAUAUCGAUACUCCCCGAAGAAGCAAUCCUCAAUAGGAAUGAAUGCAAUUCCACAGUAUUUCAAUGAAAUGUUUCAAUUACAAAAUGACAUGUCUUUAGUGGGGAUAUUAGUACUAUCAAAAAAUCCACUGAAAUGGUUUUAUUUAAAUGUUAAUGUUUAGUUCACAUAAUAUAAUUUUAAAGUAUACAAUAAGGUGUCUGUAAUAGAAUAAACAUGGCAAAAACAAUUGUAGACAAUAAAUGCAU